ACAAGUAGAAUCCUUUGAUUGCACAUGUCUGGAAGUGCUGCAAAAUUGAGACUUGCCCUUCAAAGGCUCAGUUGACUCGUAUAUAUCCAGUAAGAGUAUUAAAAUUUGCAAUUAAAGAGAACCCUAUUAAUCAUGAGUGAACAAAACAGACGUUUGUGCGUAUUCUCCUUCCUGUUUAUCUACAUGCUGUGCUCCUUAGCACAGGCUGCACUCGCCUACUUUAUCAGGGCGGAAUUAGGCGUUGUACACUUCGUGCUACAACUUAUUUCUGGUAUCUUGUGUUUUUCGAGCGGCUUGAAUCGCAUGAUGACCGUGACUUCGUUAUCGGACGAAGGCACCUCGCAGGUGCACUGCGACACUGCCGGUCUGUGGCUGGCGUUCACUUUAGAGUUGCUGGUCCUGGUGCUGCUCGUGCUGGACAGGCUAGGCCUGCUGUGGCAUGUCGUGGCGCUUGGGAGUCAGGAUAUCUCGUCACAAAUCCUAGCCAAGCUCCGGCCCUCCGAUAACUUUACGUGGUAA